AUGGGUUCGACAAACGGAUCGUGCGACUCAUCGCUGCGCUACAUUGCGCAAUCCUACAACCAUGCCGAUUCGCAAGCUUCUGCCAUGCGGCUCAUCCUCACGCUGAACCCCCACUGGGGAGGCCCCGACAACAAGAUCGAGUUCGUGCGAUUCACGGACGGUAUCACCAACACACUCCUGAAAAUCAUCAAUCGCAAGCCCGGCUUGAGCGAUGAACAAAUAGACCACGAAGCAGUAUUGAUGAGAGCGUACGGUAACCAUACAGAGAUCAUCAUAGACCGUGAAAGAGAAACGAAGUCCCACGCGCUUCUGGCCAGCUAUGGUCUAGCCCCUAGUCUUCUGGCUCGCUUCCAGAACGGUUUGCUGUAUCGGUUCAUUCGGGGUCGUCCGGCGACUCAUGAGGAUCUGGUGAAGCCUUCCAUCUGGCGAGGCGUUGCUCGGAGAUUGGCACAGUGGCAUGCCGUCCUCCCGAUAUCUGAAGCUGCUAGUGCUACCAACGGGUCUGCGGAUGACCACAUGCCCAUCAUGCACCGAGUAGAUGUGGAGCAGCAGUCGAAGAAGGACGAUAUCAUCCCAAUCACUCCGAGACAGCCGCCCCCGAACACGUGGUCCGUUCUCCAGAAAUGGAUCCGGGCUCUUCCCACGACGACAGAUGAGCAACGGCAGCGGAGACUUAGUCUGCAGAAGGAGCUGCAACGGGUUGUCAAGGAAUUCGACGACGGCAAGGGUCUGGGUGAAAACGGGCUGGUGUUUGCCCACUGCGACCUUCUCUGCGCCAACGUCAUCGCCGCGCCGUCGAAAGAGCCUUCGUCCGACGAGGCGACAACCGUACACUUUAUUGAUUACGAAUAUGCCACGCCAUCGCCAGCUGCCUUUGACAUUGCCAAUCACUUCGCCGAAUGGGCUGGCUAUGACUGCGACUACAACAUGAUGCCGACACAGUCGAUGCGACGACAAUUCUUGACGGAAUACGUGAAAAGCUACAGCCACCACCGAGGACUGCCGGAGUCCUCUCAACCGGACAUUGUCGAUCAGCUGUACAGAGAUGUCGAUCGAUACCGCGGUAUCCCAGGGCUCUACUGGGGCAUCUGGGCUCUCAUUCAGGCACAAAUCUCCCAAAUCGACUUCGACUACGCCUCGUACGCCGAAUUGCGUCUCGGAGAAUACUACGCCUGGCGCCGCGAAGCGGAGGGGACUCGCGCGGACGCCGGCGAGGAAAUGCCUCUUCGCGAGCGACGCUGGGCCCAAGAAGCCUAA